UUUUAUAUGGACCGUUUGCGAUCAAUCAGCCCAUUCGUACUACGAUUUUUUUACAAGUAUAUAACCGAAAUGCCAUGACUUCUGUAGCACUAAACUGCUUGGUUUGCGGAGAAGAUCCUUAUGAUGAUAUUUUUUCAGUUCAAAUUAACACUAGUAAGAAUAUUAGUAGUCUUAAGAGAGUUAUCAAUGAUGAACUUCAAAGUGGCGUAGCGACAAUGUUUCUUAAAUUGUUCAAAGUUGAUAUCAAACUUGGAAAAACCAGAGACGAGAAUGUCAUAGCGAUGCUUAAACUUGAAGAUCUCAGUAUUGCUCAGGGAAUGAACAUCUUAGAAAUAGUUAGUGAUUAUUUUAGUACGCAACCAGACCCCACAAGCUUACAUAUUCUCGUUCAAAUUCCUACCGUUGCUACCGAACCUCCUAAAAAGCGCGCAAAAAUUGAAGGGGAUACAGACGCUGAAGUCGCUGAAGAUGUAAAAUCUUUGAGGAAUUUUUGGCAGGCUUUAAAAACUACAAAAUAUGAUAAAGAGAUGCCGUUUUUUACGGUGUCUGAAGAUAUCAAAUUUUUUGGAAAGCGAAGUCGACCUUCAAAGCUAUUUGUUCGCAAAUGCUACAAUGAUCUGCUUGGAAUAAUUAUUGAUAAUAUUAAGAAUGGAAAAAGAGAUUACCGUCUUACUGGUAAUCCCGGCAUUGGGAAAACCUUUUUCGGUUACUAUCUAAUUUAUGAUCUUGUGAAAAAAGGUAAAACGGUUAUAUACGACGUCCAUACUAUGGAAAGAUUUGUUAUUUUAUUAGGUCAAACAGUGGAAGAAGUUAAAUAUCUUGACAGAUCCCAUGAUUCUGUUGAAAUUAGAAUAUACUUGUCAAAACCGGAAGUCUGGUACAUUGUAGAUGGAAACCCACCAGACGAUUCUGAAGCCAUAACGAUUCUAAUUUGUUCACUAAAUAGAAGUCACUAUAAAACUUUUGAUAAACGCAUUCCAGUCGUACGGUACAUGCCGCCGUGGUCCUGGGAUGAAAUCAAUACAUGUAGAGCUGAUAUUUUCGCAAAUCUUAAAGAAAAAAAAGUUCGAGAGUUAUAUACUAAGUGGGGAGGGAUCCCUAGAUAUAUUUUGGAGGGUGCCCUUGUGAAAGGUACUCAAAGUCAGCUUAAUCUAGCGAUAAAGACGUGCGAUGAGAGCAUAUUUAGAUAUAUUGGAGGAGACGUAGAAGACAUUAGUCACAAACUAAUCCAUAUCUGGACGAACAGUGAUGAUAAUGUUAAUCCUCUUACUAAUCCAUUAGUCAAAUCAUCAUCAUCCCUUACUGGUCCAUUAAUCGAAUCAUCAUCAUCUAUUCAACCUCCUCAUAGUUCAUUAAUUGAAUCAUCAUCAUCCGGUCAACCUCCUACUGGUCUAUUACUCGAUCAUCCUAGUCAAUCUUUUACCGAAAUAUUUAAUCAACAUCUAUCACUCGAUCAACCUCCUGAGCAAUUUUUUGAUCAACCUUCUACUGAUCCAUCACUCGAUCAACCUAUUAAGGAGGAAUACUAUACGGAUACGAUUGUAAAAUUUGCAUCUGAUUAUGUAGGCCAACAGGUGAUUCUUGAAUUAGAGAAAAGCAUAAUAGAUAAAUGUCAUGUAGACGUGGAUGCAGUCAUGAAAGGGGGUAAAAGUGACCCAGUCGUUGGUUGUCUUUUUGAACAGAUUGCUCAUCGAGUCUUACGAAAUGGAGGGUCUUUCAAACGUCGUUCUUUAGAUACAAAUGAUGAAGACGUCAUUACUUUUCCAAAAUAUAAUUUAAUUUUAUUUACUCAAAUUGAUGAGAUCCAAGACGGAGCUUACUCUAUACCACUUGAUAAAUCUUUUCCAUCAGUAGAUGCAAUUAUUGCUCCCAAUUGUCUCUUACAAAUGACUACUACAAAGGACCAUAAUAUUAAAAUUAAUGAGUUGAAAAGAGUUCGAAGUAAAUUAGAAACAGAAAAGAAUAUAGGUUUUUACUUCGUUGUACCAACAAAGUUAUACGAUAUAUAUAAAAAGCAGAGAUAUUCUACUACUGACGAAAAGGACGCUCUGAAUACGGGACCUUGGAUUAAACAAUGUCUCAAGCAAUAUGUUCUGGGAAUUGACUUGAACUUUAGGUUGCCUGUUGAAAUGUCAAGUGCAUCAUCUAUAACUGAGCAAAAAUGUUAUUGCAAAGGCUCGUGUAACACUAAUCAAUGUGGAUGUCAGCGCAAUAAAUUACCAUGUGGAGAGGGUUGCCAUCCAAAGAAUAAAAACAAAUGUAAGAAUUUACUUGAUGAAUAGAUUUCCCUGCAAUACUUACAUUAGUAGGUAUGUUUAGUCAAAUUAUUAUGUGUUGUUUUGAGUUUCCUUCGCUCAAAGUUCAAGAUUAUUUGCGAUUAUUGAGAUUAUUCGUGAUUUCUUGUAUUUCUUUUAAACCG